AUGUCGGAGGUGAUCAAAGCCGCGAAGAGUAUCGACAACAUUGACAUGCCGGAAGGAUUUCUGCAAGACAUGAUUGCGAGCGCCAAGGGUAUGGCAUCGUACGCGCCAAGUAUGAAGGCGGACUAUGAUGCCAACCGACCCAUGGAGAUCGAGGCCAUCUACGCGAACGUCCUGCGAGAAGCGCAAAGGGCGGGGUGUAGACUGCCAGAGAUUAUGAGAGUAUACGAAGGUUUGUGCGCACUCGAGAAUAAGCCGGCGGAACAGGUGGAAUAA